UCCAGAUUUGAGUAGGCAGAACGAGCAUUGCGGACAUAGGGCGUGGGAUGAUUGUUGCCUUCUGCAAAUGUCGCACCUACGAGAUUAUGCUUCAGAGUAGCACUUUGGUCCGGAGGAGAUGUGGGCCAAUCGCUUCUUGAUUCCAAGAGUCGAAGCGUGGAGAAAAUCGAUCAACACAGCAGCUCCCCAGCGGAGCGCUGUACGUCUUAUCCACGUGCGACCCGAGUUCUCAGUUGUCUAAGUACUCGAGUAUAAGGAAGGGUUCUUGCGCGCGUUCCCCCCGCGAACCACCCUCCGUCUUGUCUCUUCCUACUGACGGUUGUUGUCCACAUUCCACAAAGCUCGCUAUGGUCAUGGACACCCUUCGCGAGUCGCUCUUCGGCCAAACCAUGCGUUUCCUCACAGGCGACCGUGUAUUUCUCUAUCCCGAAGAACGAGAUCCCCAGGUCUGGUAUACGUACAUCAAUUCCGUCAAAUCCAGCAACCUAGCGAUCUACGGAAAUAUCAACCCAGACCCAGUCGAUGUGACCCCGCCUUCGUUCAUCCCUCCGGCACAGAUUACAGGGUCACACACCCACGUCGACGAGGUUCCGCUGGAGGCGUUGGAGAUCGUUCGACCUCCCCUUCCCGGUAACGAGUCCCGGGACUCGUUGGCGACUCAAGUCGAUCCUUUCGAGCAAAACAGGAAGAAGGAGAAAAUAGAGAUAAAUUACGAGAAGGAUGCUCUUCUUAUUGAUUUUGCGGAGAAUGACCCCGCCAACCCUUAUAAUUGGUCACUAGGAAAGAGGAGCUUCAUCACUGGAUUGCUCUGUCUGUUGACGGUGGCAAUCUAUAUCGGAAGUGCGAUCUACUCUCCAGGUAUACCAGAUGUCAUGGUCCAGUUCGGUAUCAGCCAAGUCGCGGCCACACUCGGACUUACGCUCUUCAUUUUGGGCUAUGGUAUCGGUCCUAUGUUGUGGGGCCCGAUGAGCGAAAUUCCCCAAGUUGGAUUCAACUUGCUCUACAUCCCGACACUCCUCAUAUUCGUCGUAUUUCAAGUCCCCACCGGUCUAUCUGUCAAUCUUGGCAUGUUGCUCGUCUUUCGAUUCCUGUCCGGCUUCUUCGGCUCUCCUGUACUUGCCAACGGUGGCGCGUCUAUAGCCUACAUGUUUUCGGCUCAAAAACGCGCUUACCCGAUCGUGGUAUGGGGUGCCACAGCUGUUUGUGGGCCAGUUCUUGGUCCCGUUGUCGGAGGGUUCGCUGCACAGGCAAAGGGCUGGAAGUGGACGAUCUGGGAGCUUUCGUGGCUCUCCGGAUUCACUCUCAUCGUCAUCUUCUUCUUCCUCCCCGAAACAAGUCACGCCAACAUCCUCUACCGCCGCACACACCGCCUCCGCAAGCUCACCGGGCGCCCCAAUCUUCGCUGUGAGUCCGAGCUCAUCAACGAGCAGAACAAUCACCUCUUGCACGACAUCGCCAUCUCCACCGCCCGCGGAUUCGCACUGAACUUCCAAGAGCCGAUCGUCUUCUUCCUCAACAUCUACACCUGUCUUAUUUAUGGCCUGAUUUACGCCUGGUUCGAAUCCUUUGCCGUCGUCUUCGGCGAGAUCUACGGAUUCUCGCUACCUAUCGAGGGCUUGAGCUUCGUCGGCAUCCUCGUCGGAGUCAUCAUCGCCGUACCCCCUUACUGCGCGUACAUCUACUACGUGCAGGAGCCGAAGUUCAAUGAGAAAGGAGAGCUCAAACCGGAGCAUAGGCUGCCACCGGCAUUUGUGGGGGCAUUUUUAGUCCCCAUAUCAUUGUUCCUCUUUGGAUGGACUGGUAGGGCGAGCAUUCCGUGGAUUGUACCCAUUAUCGGGAGCUCGAUAUUCAUUGGUGGUGCCAUGCUGCUCUUCAUGGCGGUAUUGAAUUACUUGGGCGACGCAUACCCUGCUUAUGCCGCCUCUGUCCUUGCGGGCAACGACUUCAUGCGCUCGACUUUCGGAGCAGCGUUCCCACUGUUCGCGACACAGAUGUACCACAAGCUCGGCGUCGGUUGGGCGAGCACUCUUCUCGCAUUUUUGGCAAUCCUCUUCAUUCCGAUCCCCUUCGUGCUUCACAGGUAUGGCGAGAGGAUCAGAAUGGCAAGUCCGAGAGCAAGACACGAUAUCUGAAGGACAUGAUAUCGACGGCCUUUACUCAUGACGUGGCAAUUCAGUGCUCAACAUCAUACCGUUAGCAAGCUUGCUCGCGCCCCACAUUCUCACCUUCCGGCAUAAUAAUUACUUGUAUAUUUCUUCGAUCUAUUAUUGUUCCCAUGGAGCACUACAUACUAGUGGACGAUCUCUGACGAACUCCUGUUGACGCUCCAUACAUGUCCUCGUUAACUUAUCUCACCGACGGUUCUGACUUAGUCGACCUAUGAAGUCUGUCGGACGAACUUACGCUCUCUGAUUGCUGUACCUCACAAGCUAUCAUGUCAUGUUUCGUCCUGUUAUUUAUGGUGGCUCGUACCUAGUAAUAUUUUUGAAUGACAGCGUUUCGUGUCCACAGACGCGAUAACCAC